GACUAACGCUACCCAUAAGCAUACCUAUACACACAAAGCGCUUCACGGUGUAAUUAAAAAGAUGUUCAAACGCUCCAUCCUGUUGGCGUUUUGGAAAACUAAGGUGAACCCGAAUGCACCCCAACGUUUUGUGAAUAUUCCACAAAAGAAGCCCUACGUCAUCAAACUGCAACCAGGUCGUAAGUACUUCUGGUGCUCCUGUGGUCUUAGUAAGAAGCAGCCAUUCUGUGAUCAAUCGCAUAAAGCGUACAACGAAAAGUGGAAUACUAAUCUAAAACCGGUGGAGUUCACUGUAGUUAAAGAAAAACGACACAUGGUUUGUGGUUGUAAACACACACAGAAUCAGCCAUUCUGCGACCUCUCGCAUCUAGGCGUCAUCUUCCGCACCGCAGUUGGGCUUGAAAAGGAGCCCAACCCAGAUCAGCCACCUAACCAGCAAAAGAGCUAAAAAAGAAGUGAGAAAAAUACCGCAAAAAAAGGAUGUAUUUCUACUUAAAUAGCUAUGCUUAAUAGCUUGUUAUUUCACCGAUCUUACUUUCCCUUUUUCUCUAAAAGAAAACUGUAUAUAUCGUGUACCGUAUGAAUACCUUUCCUGUCGUAGACCUCCUUAAUUAUGCUUAUGUGUUGGGCAAUAAUAUUUUCUUUUUCGAACAUAUAUUGAUAGUUUCUACGUUGUAGAGAAAGUGCUGGUAAAUCGAAUUGUAUUAUCUGUUGAUACUAUUGUUUAGGAGUGCACAUUAUGCACUGGACCGCUUUUUGAGGACGCCCUUUUCUAUUGGGGUGGGGAGGGAAGAAGUAAAAAAGCGGGGCUCAAUCCUAAUACCCUUGAAAAAAUAAUACUACGCAGUGAAACUUAGUUUAUAGGAAUGUAAAAUUUAAAUAUAGUAUGACUCCCCUCAUUAUCUGGAAUACCUAAAAUGUAUUCCCCUUAGUUGAACUUACGAAAAAAAAAGUAAUCAAAAAGAUGCUUUGUCGCUAAACAAGUGUAAUUCUUGAAAAAACUCCGACCUUCUCAUUUUAGGGGUAUUUAUACCAUCAUAAUAAAACAACGAAGGAAUAAUAUGCACAU